AUGACGAACGGUCACGUUUUGAAGUGCGUGCGCUUGUUUAUGCUUUGGUUUGCGCUCUCAACGCUUAGGUACUCUUCGCCUGCGGCGCUCUUUCUACGCAAACACCUCGCGACGCAACAUGACCAUCGUCAAGCAUACUUCGAUCGUCUGGAGUGGAGCACAGUGGCGGCACUCACUCGCGGAUUUGCUAAGCCUACCCGCUUCGGCCCGAACCCGUCACCGGCGAAAAACCGGACGUACUGCCGCCCGACCUCCGUCCUUCAACCUCAUGUGUGCUUGAUUCUGCUCUGUGCUGGCGAUGUACCGCUCAACCCGGGACCGUGUCCUACUUGUCCUCGCUGCUGCAAGCCGCUCUACGACAGCGUGGCGGCGUUACAAUGCGACGGGUGCAACAUCUGGGUCCACAGGAAAUGUGAGCAGCUCUCACUGCCUACCUAUCGGCGUCUGUCGAACUGCACAGAACCAUGGUACUGCGGCGUGUGCCAGCUGCCAUCGUUCGACGACAGCCUUUUCGAAGCGCCGAAGCAGCCUGCACUAACGACGAUCGCAUCACCUACCACAGCCGGGGACAGACCAACGGCUCCCGGUACCACGGAAACAAGGAAAACAACCUCCUUCUGGUUCUCCAACCUCAGGUCCGUGAAGAACAAAAUGCUGGAGUUCUGGGUGCUCACUAAGUCCCGCCCCAACACCAUAUUCGCCUUGUGUGAGACUUGGCUGGACAACUCCAUUUACGACAGCCAGCUCGUCGACCUGACACGGUUUAAAGUCUACAGGAAAGAUCGUAACAGGUCUGGUGGUGGAGUUCUCGUCGCCAUACCGUCGUCAAUCACAUGCACUAGAAGACACGACCUAGACCGGAACGACCUCGAGGCCAUUUUUGUGGACCUUCAUUCAAAACAGGGCCUUCUACAUCUCUGUGUUGCGUACUGUCCCCCCAGCAAGAAAACAGAAAGCUACGAUUUGUUACAGUCAGCGCUGUCCUCCGUUACCCUCUCAAAGAAGAAGUACUCCAACGUGCUAGUUGUCGGAGACUUCAAUGCGCACAUUAAUUGGUCAGACUUAAGCUCUCCCAAGCCCACAGGACCAUCUGACACUGUCCUCCUCGACCACAUAGAAACACUCGGACUUACCCAAGUAUGCAGCGAGCCAACUUACGUCACCACCAAUAACCAAGUUUCUUUCCUCGACCUCAUGUUCGUCUCUAACCCCACACUCGUCUCAAAUUGUUUCACAGAACCCAGCCUCACGGGCUCUGACCACAAAGCAUUGACUGCGACCACAUACCAUCAUUUGCCUAAAUCCGGUCCUCAUGCCAGACGCCUCCAUAACUUUGCAAGAUUGGACACCAACCACCUGAAUUCGCUUAUACACCUCGCCCCUUGGGGCAUGGUGUUCCAAGACAACCAUGAAGACCCAUAUGACAUAUGGCUCGACUUUAUGCACGCCAUCGAAGCUGAAUGCGUCCCCUCCAGAAAAAGCCGAAACAAACCCCGAGCGCCCUGGAUAACAAAGGAGAUACUGCUCCAAGCCCGACGGAAGCGUCAGCUGUUCGCACAAGCAAAGCGAAACAGCUGUCCCUUUACACUUGAGGCAGCCCGCACCCUCCAGAGAAACCUGAAAAAACAGAUAAGAAAGUCUCACCAAGAUUAUGCUUUGGACAUGGCACAACGGGCUGUAAGGGAUCCACAGAUAUUUUGGGCCUAUGUAAGGCGUAACAAACAGAACACGUCUGCUCUAAACAUAUGCCAGGACGGCAAGGCUCUGAGCGACUUGGAGACUGCGGAACUUUUUAGCAAGCACUUCGCCGCAGCAUGGACACCACCCUGCAGCCUCUCAUCACAACCAGAAACUUGCCCAUCAUCAUCGCAGUCGGCCUCCUCGCCCCGCUUAGCCAGUAUCCUUAUCAACGAGGAUGAUGUCAAGGAGGCUCUCACCCGACUGAGUCCUUCACAGUCGCCCGGUCCUGACGGCAUCCACCCUGCGCUCCUUAAAGCAUCUGGUCAACAACUAGCCCCAUUACUGGCCCGACUGUUCCAGCAGCUCUUGGACACUGGACAAGCCAGAAUCCUACAGACCAAUCUCAACAACAUCAGUCGUCUGCCGUACCAUGGAGCGAGUGUUAAACUCUGCCCUACACAGAUCAGUGACAGCCUGGACAACUCCACGCCAUGCGAACUGGUACAGCUCGAUUUUACCAAAGCGUUUGAUAAAGUAGACCACCAGCUCCUGAUAACCAAACUGGAAAGCACCGGUAUCGAGGGUCCCCUCCUUCGCUGGCUAUCUAACUUCAUCCUGCAGAGACAACAAAGUGUUAUAGACUCCGCCACCAUCAUGUACGGUGAUGAUCUCACCCUCCUUCAACCGAUUCAAUCCCAGGAAGACUAUAAACAACUGCAACAAGAUCUUGAUCACAUCCAAGCCUGGACGAUCAGAAACAAAUUACCCCUGAGCGCAUCAAAAUCUGCUACAAUUCUCUUCACCACAAAAAGGAAAGCACAGAAUCCACCAGACGACUACCUUCGCUCUGUGCCCCGUCGCAACGAACGAACCGGGCGCAUAGACCCUCUCUUCGCUCGUACCCAACGGCACGACAACUCAUGUCUCCUCCGGGCUGUGAGACUUUGGAGGUCCCUGCCUGACGCCAUCACCAGCUUGCCCAUCACAGACAGAGACGAGGUGACACAGUUCUGCAAGGCAGCAGCCAAACACCUCUAA